AUUUUUCCCUGCUCAGGCAGUGAUUCCGGUUGCCCAAUUGACGCGGGGUCCUGCGGAUCGUGCACUGCUGUAGUCAUUAGACAGACGAAAGUCGUCUAACAUCGCACUCUCUCAACAUUUACAACAGUAGCAGCCUUCCAGAUAAUCAAAGAUGGCAUCUAUGUUGUUGACUUCACUGAGGAGCAGUCCACUGACAUCUGUGCAGACUGCCCAGUUCGCUGCACGUUCUCUCAGCACAUCUGUCCAUCUGCAAGCUCAAGCAAAGAGCAAGAAGACGCUGGCCAAACCAGGAAUGAAGAACAUCGUUCUGGUGGAUGGCGUCCGAACCCCCUUCCUGCUGUCUGGCACCACAUACGCUGAUCUGAUGCCCCACGAUCUGGCCAGAGCAGCAUUACAGGGUCUACUGAACAGAACCGGUAUCCCUAAAGAAGCUGUUGAUUAUAUUGUCUAUGGAGAAGUUAUUCAGGAAGUGAAGACCAGUAAUGUGGCCAGAGAGGCGGCACUUGGUGCUGGAUUCUCAGAUAAGACUCCUGCUCACACGGUGACGAUGGCGUGUAUUUCCUCCAACCAAGCAAUGACCACAGCUGUCGGUUUGAUCGCUGCCGGUCAGUGUGAUACUGUGGUCGCCGGUGGGGUCGAGUUUAUGUCUGACGUUCCGAUUCGCCACAGCCGGAGGAUGCGGAAGACAAUGCUGUCACUCAACAAGGCAAAGACCCUCGGGGCUCGACUGUCUCUGCUGGGCUCCAUCCGCCUCGCUCACCUCGCACCUGAGCUGCCGGCAGUGGCCGAGUUCUCCACAGCCGAGACAAUGGGUCACUCCGCGGACCGUCUGGCGGCUGCAUUUGGUGUGACGCGUUUAGAGCAGGAUGAGUUUGCGUUGCGGUCUCACAUGCUCGCAAAGAAAGCUCAAGACAGCGGGCUGCUCAGUGAUGUCAUCAACUUCAAAGUGCCAGGGAAGGAUAUUGUGUCUAAAGAUAACGGGAUCCGUCCUUCCACCAUGGAACAGUUGGCCAAACUGAAACCCGCCUUCAUCAAGCCUCACGGCACCGUGACGGCUGCAAACUCCUCUUUCCUGACUGACGGCGCGUCUGCAGUUUUGAUCAUGUCAGAGGAGAAAGCUCUUGCUAUGGGUUACAAGCCUAAAGCAUAUCUCAGAGAUUUUGUGUACGUGUCUCAAGACCCAAAAGACCAACUGCUUCUCGGGCCGACCUACAGCACUCCAAAAGUCCUGGAGAGGAGCGGACUGACAAUGAACGACAUCGAUGUGUUUGAGUUUCAUGAAGCUUUUGCUGGUCAGAUCAUGGCAAACCUGAAGGCAAUGGACUCUGACUGGUUCGCUCAGACAUAUAUGGGCAGAAAAUCUAAGGUCGGUGUCCCUCCAAUGGAGAAGUUUAACACAUGGGGAGGUUCUCUGUCUCUUGGGCAUCCAUUUGGGGCCACCGGCUGUAGACUGGUGACCACCGUAGCUCACCGACUGCAGAAAGAGGGCGGUCAGUAUGGUCUGGUGGCAGCGUGUGCCGCUGGGGGACAGGGUCAUGCUAUGGUGAUUGAAGCGUAUCCUCAGUAAUCGGCGUACUUCCACACACCGGAAUGCUCUGUACAUGCACACGAAUAGUUUCUGUAAAUACUAACGUGCCGUAAUGCCUUGAAAGGAAAUGUUCCUGAAAGUUAUCUGGAGGUUCUUCAUUUGGAAGGAUGCUUGUGACGUGGAUGAAAAUGUUAAUGUACGGUAGCCUUAUUUGAAAAACAUGUUGAGGAUAAUGUUUUGCAUGCUAAAUAUAGCACUUAAAACCAGGCCAGUUAGAUUUGGACGUUACGUAAGAAGGCUACAAUUCACAGUUGAUUUUUGAAAGAGGUGAUAUGGAUUUUUUUGGGUUCUAAUUCUAAGCAUUGUAAUCUCCAGAUAAAGAUAAUUUUAUCUAUCAAUUUAGCAGCUGGAUCUCUUAUUGCUGUUUAUAUAGCUGGAUCUGAUAUUGUUUCAUACGGCAAUAUUAGCAGAUCCAUUGUCAGUUUAUGGCGUUUAGCUCUUAAGAAAUGGAUUGUAAGAAGGACUGAUUCUAGAUCAGCCAUAAAG